UUUUGUAAGGUUAAAAGAUACCAAGAAUCAGGUGUAGUGCUCAGUAGUCAAGAGGAUGCAGUUCUGCCCCAGGUGGGUGCCCACAGGCCUUACCACUAAGUUCUCAUCUCAGCUCCUGUCCCUGCCUCUCUUGGUGCCCUUUGCUUUGUCCACUCAGCGAUGCCCUUAUUCCUCCUCCCCCAUGCCCUCCACCCUGCGUGCCAGCUUCCAGCAGCACGCGCCGCUGCUCUCAGUGCUGGGCUGUCCUGGCAGCCCUCCUACUGGCCUUCUCCCUGGGGAUGAGAGCCAGGUCCUGCCCAGUGGCACCCUGGAGCUGGCAGGACCCAGAACUCCUCUGGUACGGCCAUUGUGAACAGAAAGGGGGCAAAAUGAGGCCCAGAGAGGGGCAGACGCUGACCCAUAGUCACGUAGCCCAUUUAUGGCUGCUUUGGGGCUAGAGCCAGCUCUGGCUGCCACUCCCUGGAGCCCCUGGAUUCCCACCUCACCCCACCUGAGGUGUUGGGGUAGAGCUGGGACCACCUCCCACAUCUGCUCCCCCCACCCUACUGGCCCGACGGCAAAGGAAGACACCUGGCAAAGGUUGGCGUCCAGGAUCCCACGUGUGGAAUUAACUUCCGUUGCCCCUGCUGGUGAGGUGGUGGUCAGGGGCCAGGCCUUCAGGGGCGGAUGCCCAAGGACGUGGCGGCACUGUCCCUUCUUGCUGAGGGGAUAGUCAGGGGAUGUGCCCUUGAGCCCAGGCAGUGGGGAAGGACACGAUGGCCUGGUACAGAGCCCAGAGGGGGCCUCGGUUCCUGCUGUUUCCUGCUCUGUUUACAGACAAGCCGCUGUCCUCCCUGGGUUAGGGGAAGGGGUGGGGCAGAGGGCAAGUGCCAAGGUGGCACGAGGCUGGGCACGUGCCUGGUCCCAGAUGGUGUCUGAGGAGUGUCAGACACCUGGAGGUUCACGCUGAGGACCCCCGCCCCCACAGGAGCACCUUGAGCUCUUCAAAAGCUGACCUCUGACCUGGGGGCAGCCAGAGUCCAGGUACCCCAAGCCCCGCCCUGGGCCCGGAAUCCCCCAGCAGUGAGUCUUGGCUCUGCUUGUAGCAUCUGACGCCAGAGGGCCUGAAAAUAGCCCCUGGAGGAGGGGGAGGGUGGGGCUAUUUAAAGGGCAUGGGAGGAACAGAGCCCAGAGGGAGUGAGCGGUCAUCAUGGCCACUUCAGAGCUGAGCUGCCAGGUGUCCGAGCAGGACUGUGAGCGCCGAGAGGCCUUCUGGGCUGAGUGGAAGGAUCUGACGCUGUCCACACGGCCUGAGGAGGGUUGCUCCCUGCAUGAGGAGGAUGCCCAGCGGCGGGAGACCUACCACCGGCAGGGGCGGUGCCAGGCGCUGGUGCAGCGUUCCCCCUGGCUGGUGAUGCGGAUGGGCAUCCUGGGCCGCGGGCUGCAGGAGUACCAGCUGCCCUACCAGCGGAUGCUGCCGCUGCCCAUCUUCACCCCUGCCAAGGUGGGCUCCACCAAGGAGGAGCACGAGGACACCCCCAUCCAGCUGCAGGAGCUGCUGGCACUGGAAGCAGCCCUGGGUGGCCAGUGUGUGGACCGCCAGGACGUGGCCGAGAUCACCAAGCAGCUGCCCCCUGUGGUGCCUGUCAGCAAGCCCGGCGCCCUGUGUCGCACCCUGUCUCGCUCCACGUCCCAGGAAGCACAGAGAGGCUGAGAGGGACGGUGACUUGGGCUCCACAGUGCCUGCCCUGGGCUGGGCCCUUCCUGGCUAGGACCACGGAGGGGAGCUGCUGGCCAUGGAAGCUUUGUAGUUUGCCCAGAAUUGGGGGCUAGGGGAGGUGGGAGCCAGAGGCCAGGAUGCCUGGGUCUCCUGAGUUCCCACAGGGAGGGAGCAAAGACGGUGGGCACUAAGGGUGGAGUGCUGGGGGCCAGCACAGCUGAGUACCCCCAGGAGGAAAGGCAGAAAAUGCUGGUGAGGGUAAGAGGUCCCUGAGAGGAGUGACCCCAGUCCGGAUUUCAGCUUCAGAGAAGGAUGAAGAAAAAGCAUAAGGAAUGCUCAGGGAAGGAGGCCUGGAGAAGAGCGGAGGGAGGGGGACGUGAAGAGGGCCGAGGCAGGGUGGAGCUCCCAGCACCCUCUGUUAGCGCUGCAAUA